GGAGGCUGUGUGUGUGUGUGUGUGUUUAAAUCACACAUCACCUCACACACAUCACUGCCUUGUCCAUACGACACUCACCCGUAUUUCUAGUGCUUAUGUCUUGGGGAAACAGUAUUAGACUUUCAUAUGGGGGAACUAACUAUAUUGAUCAAUUUAAGAAUAAAUAAAAAAAAAUAAGAAGAAGAAAUAAAUGAAAUCAUCUCAGUCGGUUCUGGAGCCGCAGCAUUGCACUGCAUGUCCGUGUGGAAACGUGAGCAGAAAGACGAAUACAAACUGCAGUGUGUAACCCACUGUAGCAGAAACAGCUGAUUGAUUUAAAGACUUGAGGGGAAAAUACACCUCCACCAGCACCGAGGAGCUGCUUGGGGUUUAUCCGUUCAGCGUUCGAGAGAAUCCAUAAUGAUGCCUGCACGAGAAGCCACCAAGAAGAAACCACCCAAGGACAGCUUAACUUUAUUACCCUGUUUCUAUUUCGUAGAGCUGCCUAUCGUGGCUUCCUCUAUGGUCUCUUUGUACUUCCUGGAGUUGACUGAUGUGCUGCAGCCUGCGCAGGUGGGUUUUCGCUGCCAUGACCGCUCGCUCAGCAUGCCCUACGUGGAGAGCGGAGAGGAACUUAUCCCCCUGCUCAUGCUGCUGAGUCUCGCCUUUGCUGGUCCCGCUGCUUCCAUUAUGAUGGGAGAGGGUAUUGUGUAUUGCAUGCAGUCCAGACUCAAGAUAGGGUCUGGGAAUGAGGGAAGCAUCAAUGCUGGUGGAUGUAAUUUCAACUCCUUCCUCCGCAGAACAGUGCGUUUUGUUGGUGUGCAUGUGUUUGGUCUUUGUGCCACGGCACUGGUCACUGACGUCAUCCAAAUUGCCACUGGCUACCACACACCCUUCUUUCUGACUGUAUGCAAGCCCAAUUACACCCUCCCUGGAGUCUCCUGUGACAAAAAUCCCUACAUCACUAAAGACAUCUGCUCUGGCCAUGACCAGCAUGCCAUUCUGUCAGCCAGGAAAACCUUUCCUUCCCAGCAUGCAACUCUUUCUUCCUUUGCUGCUGUUUAUAUUUCAAUGUACUUCAACUCCACUAUCUCAGACAACACCAAGCUGCUGAAACCUGUCCUGGUGUUUGCCUUUGCCAUUGCAGCUGCCCUGACCGGUCUCACUCAGAUCACACAGUACCGCAGCCACCCCAUUGACGUCUAUGUGGGUUUUUGCAUCGGCGCUGGCAUCGCGGUCUACCUGGCAUUCUAUGCUGUUUCUAACUUCAAACCAGCACAGGAUUCCAUUCCUGUUCCUGCCCCACCCCCUCCAAAGGAUGCCCUGCGAGCACUUGCCCAGAGAGGGCACGACUCGGUUUACAAUAAAGGCCAUGCCUCUGAGAGUAACGAAGAGAUCACGUCACCGUCUUCCUUGGAUGGCUUGAACCGCCCCAUCCAGCGUGAGAAGGCAUCAUUAGGUAGCCUGAAACGGGCCAGUGUAGACGUAGAGCUCCUUGCCCCCCGCAGCCCUAUGGGUAAGGAGACUAUGGUGACAUUCAGCAACACUUUACCGCGUGCUACAGCUGCAGGCCCUGAGGAGCCAACAAGGCGUCUGGUAACAGUGCCUGUGCCUGUGGACCCAAUGCGCUCACAUCAGCUAGUCUCUGAAUGGAAGCAAAAGUCCUUGGAGAUGCGCAGUGCAAGUCUACAGAGUGAUGAGGGCAGUAAAGAGGACUCAGACCUAGGUGAGGACACCACGGAAGAAGAGAGCGCACCAUCUACAUUAUACAGCACCACUGUACCACAAUCUGCCAAACCAGCCAAUGCACCCACUGGAGCAAGGGUAGUGAUGCCUCCCAAGCCGCCAGUCCCUCCUCCAGUGUCUCCAAAGAGUGCCAGCACCCGUGCUAAGUGGCUGUCUAUCACAGAGAAGAGUGGGGCCAAUAUACCAGGUGUGCUCAGGGUGACGAACCAACCUCGCAUCAUGCAGGUCAUUGCCAUGUCCAAGCAGCAGGGUCUGCUAUCCAGCACCAAAUCCUCUGAGGCAUCCUCUUCCUCUGCCACCUCCUCUAUCACAGGCACUGAGUCACCCCCCUAUCGCCCACCAUCUGAACGUGACAGCGGCUCUGGGAUCAUCACAGUUGAUGCCCAUGCCUCCCACCACCCUGUAGUCCACAUGGUCUCCAACCCUGCCAAUCCCUGGGAAUGGAGGGGAUCCUCAAACGGGAACAUGUCCGAUUCGUAUGAACUCAAUGACCUGAACCGCGAGGGCUCUAGAGGAUAUCGUCAGGUCAAGAACAGCUCGCCAUGCUCUUCAACUGGUGAGGCUGACCCAGAUUCCCAUAAGCCUUUUCAAACCCCUCAGCCCCCGCAACCUCCCCAGCUCCCCAAGCUCGAUCAAAACAUGGAGGGACGCAGUCUGCGCUGCAAAACCCCUCUGGUGCUUAUUGAUCGGGAGAACCCUCAGAACCAUCAGGAGAACUUUUACAAAAAGCUGCAGAGUGGAAGACGUUUCAAAGAGUGACAAGGCACAACAUCUAGGAGCACAAAUGAUGCAGGUUGGACCCAUAUCACUAUGCAUCACUCAGACUUUCGUUCUCAUUUUUGUGCAUUUUUUUUAGUUUUGAUGACUUUGCUCACUAGUGAGGGUAAAUACCUGCAUGGUUUAAUGAGAAAACAUAUCCCCCCCCAAAAAAAAUGCUGCUUCAGCCAAUACAAUGAGCACAAUAUUUUUGGUCAUAUCUCUGGACUGGAAUGGCACCGAAACCUAAUGAAGAAGAUAUAUACUCUAUAUAUAAUAUUUACCAGAAUCUCAGAUUUGAAAUAUGAAAAAGAGGCUGAUUGCAAGGUUGCUAUUUUGUAUUGUGGCCUUUUUAUCUGUUGGUACUUGAUUUUAAGCACAUUUGUCUGUGCCUAUGAUGUCAAGUGGAUUUCAUCUAUUUAUGUCUUUUAAUGUGGUACUAUCUUAGAGUAUAUUGCCUUGGGGAUAAUAACACUCUAAGAUACAUUUUAAUGGAGUUUAAAUUGAUCAACUUUCUCCUCGUGCAGGAGAGAGCUUGACUUCUUUUGCUUAAAGAAAUACUGCACUCAAAAAUGCUUGGCUUGUACUACUACUGCAUUUAGCAUUUUUCAGUGUAGUACAGUCAUGGGAAAUAUAACUCUUUUGACAUAUGGAGCUCAUGCGCUUAGAUCUUGACUAUAAUUCAUGCACACAUUAUACAUUUUCUAUAACACAGUUCAGAGACCACCAUUUCUGGCUGUAUGGGAAAAACACCAAAAAUUACUGGAGGUGAGUAACUGGUAGUUAUUGAGCGGUAAGCUCCAUGUCUGAAUGCGCUACAUUUCCCUGCAUAAGUCUUCUUAAGAAAAAAGUAUAGCUUUUUUGCUAUUUUCAAUAAAGGAAUGCAUUUUUUUUUUCUGAGCACUUGAAAAUAAAGCACAGGGAAGUGCCUGAAUGGCAUAUGGUUCCAGUUAUAGGUUCUAGUAAUAAAAAUGUGUUCAUAAGUGAGGGGGAUUGUUUAAGGCAUUUAUUGUCUUCAUAUUUUGUUUAUACUUUUCUCGGUUAAUGAAGAGCGUGUGGCUUGUGCUCACUUGCCGAUGGACUACUGCAUGUUACGUGAGUGGUUGUAUCAGUUGGAAGUUCAGCCUUGUCACAGUGAUGAAUUAAAUUUGAUCAGUGAUUGUCUUUGCAUCGUGUGGCAAAUGAAGCACAAUGGACAUUUAAUGUGCAGACGUGUGAAGAUAUAAAUAUAAUAUAAUUUUCAUAUUGCGAUAAUAUUGCCAAACCUUUCAGCAUAGUUGGAAAACUAUGAUAUCAGCAUGAGAUUGUAUUAAAAUUCUAUGUAUUCAAAGAUUAUA